GCCCAAAAUGAUAAAUAAAAUGGAAAGGAGGAAGUAGGUAUUAUUUAGUAACAAUUCUUUAUACAUCAAAAAGAUAAUUAGCUUUUCUAUUGAGGCCCUCAAAAUAGUAGUAUAAAUACCAAGAACCCCUUCUUCUUUGCUCUCUGCGUGAAAUCAAGAGCAGAUAAAUAUAUAAAAAUAAGAAUUAUAAAAAAUAAAUAAAUGGGUGCUCUUGACUAUCUAUCAAACUUCUGCACUGUCACAAGCCCUAGAAGCAAAAGGAAAUCAAUGCAGACAGUUGAGAUCAAAGUGAAAAUGGACUGUGAUGGAUGUGAGAGAAGAGUCAAGAAUGCUGUUAAAAACAUCAAAGGAGUGAAAACCGUGGAAGUUAACAGAAAGCUAAGCCGAGUAACUGUGAAUGGAUACGUCGAUCCAAACAAGGUCUUAAAGAGAGUGAAUAACACAGGAAAAAGAGCUGAAUUCUGGCCUUAUAUUCCACACAAUUUAGUUCAAUUUCCACAUUUAUCUCAAGUCUACGACAAAAAGGCUCCGUCUGGUUACGUAAAAAACGUGCAGGCGUAUCCUAUUCAAAAUGCAACUGAAGAAACAAUCACAUAUCUAUUCAGUGAAGAUAACCCUCACGCUUGUUCGAUUAUGUGAACUUAUUAUAAUUUAAUCUUUAUUAUUAUUAUUGUCUAAUUUUGUUCGGUAUUUUGCUCCUUAUGGAUGAGAAAAUAAUUAGUGUAAGUACUUGAGGCAUAUCAGAUGAAUAAAUCCAUCAGUUUAGU